AAUCAAGUUAGGCCCCCCAAACCCACCCACCCCCACACAUGUGAUGCAGUUUCAUGUUGGGUAUCUUGAUUUUUCAAAUUGAUAAACUUUGUCUGUGCUUCAAGUACUGGUUUUGUCACUCUUUCAGAGAAGGGGAUCUGACUGUUCUUGAAAAAAAAAUCACAAAGUCCCAUUUAUUGGGGGAGCUAAGGAGAUCCCAGCAUUUUCUCAAGUUGGAUCUCCAAAGAGCCUUCUCCAUUUUUUUCCCUUUUUACCAUUUCUUGAAAUGGUUCAAUCACCUAUGAGCAGAAAGCUAGCAAGAAAUGGUGGCCUGUUUUAUCCAGUCAUUGGGUUUGCACUGUUUGUUACUUUUCUUUAUUUGGCAUUUGGAGACUUGUGGGGUUUCAAUUUCAACAGAGAAGAAAUAAAGUUAAGUUUUGUGGAGAGAAAUGGAACUCAAUUCUUUGUGGAUGGUAAAGCUUUUUACAUAAAUGGAUGGAAUUCUUACUGGUUAAUGGACCAUGCUGUGGAUUAUAGUAAUAGACCAAGGAUUAAAGGGAUUUUACAAGCUGGUGCUAAGAUGGGGCUCACUGUGUGUAGAACUUGGGCUUUUAAUGAUGGUGGAUACAAUGCUCUGCAGAUUUCCCCUGGUAGAUUUGAUGAAAGAGUGUUUAGAGCAUUGGAUCAUGUUAUUGCAGAAGCCAGAAAGAAUGGCAUUAGGUUGAUGCUUAGCUUGGUUAACAACCUGCACGCAUUCGGGGGGAAGACUGAGUAUGUAAAGUGGGCAGAGAAAGAAGGUGUUGCUUUAAGCUCUUCCAAUGAUUCAUUCUUCUAUGACCCUACCAUCCGUCGAUAUUUCAAAAAUUAUGUCAAGACAGUGCUAACUAGGAGAAACAUAUACACUGGGAUGGAGUACAGGGAUGAUCCAACUAUCUUUGCAUGGGAGUUAAUAAACGAGCCUCGCUGCAUGACCGAUCCUUCUGGUGACACACUUCAAGACUGGAUAGAAGAGAUGUCAACAUUUGUGAAGUCGAUUGAUAGGAAACAUCUGCUUACUGUAGGCCUAGAAGGAUUUUAUGGCCGUAAAAGUCCCAAAAGAUCAAGUGGCAAUCCGGAAUUUUGGGCUGCUGAUCUUGGAUCAGAUUUCAUCCGUAACUCCAUGCUCUCGACGAUUGAUUUUGCCUCUGUACAUGUAUAUCCAGACCAUUGGUUCCAUGAUAAAAAAUUCGAAGAAAAACUAAAAUUUGCAGCCAAAUGGAUGCUUUCUCACAUAGAAGACGGUGACAAGGAACUGAGAAAACCGAUCAUGUUCACUGAAUUCGGUUUGUCAAAUGAGAACGAGGACUUUGAACCUGCUCAACGAGACAGAUUCUACAAAAUGGUUCUUGAUUUCAUAUACAAGUCUGCAAAAAGAAACAGGUCAGGUGCAGGAUCAUUCUUCUGGCAGUUCUUGGUUGAAGGGAUGGAACUGUAUAAUGAUGAUUUCGGAAUUGUUCCAUGGGAGAGGCCUUCAACAUAUCAGCUCAUUACUGAACAGUCGUGUAGGCUCGCUAAAGAACACGGGGUACUGCCUACACAAAUGGAACAUUUGAAGGAUUUUUGUGCAUCGACGAGGUUAUAAAUUAUGUAUUGAUCUUCGAAAAAGAAAGAAGUUUGAUGUGUACAAUGAAGAAUCUGUUUGUGUUUUUUUCUUGUUUGAGAUUUGUUAUAGAGGGAGGAGCUGCAGCAUAGUUUUACACAAUGUAUUUUCUUACUUCAUAGAUGUAUACAAAUUUGCAUAAAGUGAAAGUAGAGCAAAUUCUUUUCUAA